GGAUCGUUCAUAGUCAUACCGGCCGCCCACCCUAGGCAUCACCGUCAGCAUCAACAAUUAACUAAUUACCAUAUCACCCACCACCAACACCACCACCACCACCAUUGCCAUCCUGCAUUCCCCUUUUAACUAACCAACAAAUACAAAACAUAGAGCAUACAAACUCUCCUCCCUUCUCCCUCCUUUUCUCUCGCCUCCUUCCGACCCUCAAACAAAGCUCUUACUGUCCCGUCCCGAGUCGUAUCGCUCCACCUCUCGCAUACGCAAACGACCACAAACUUCCCCCCAUCAUCUUUCUCCUGCGCCUCGAGGUUCACCCUUCACCCCAACGCUGGCGCACCGGUCCGCCAACGCGAGAUCCUCCCUCCCUCCCUCCCGCAAUACCAAUAAUACUAAGAGCAAUAUGCCGGCUCCCAAGCAAAGGAAGAUUGCCAUUGUCGGCAGCAGAGCUGUAGGCAAGUCGUCGAUGACCGUUCAAUUCGUCGAUGGUCACUUUGUUGAAUCCUACUAUCCCACGAUCGAGAACACAUUCAGCAAGAUCAUUCGCUACAAGGCACAGGACUUUGCGACGGAAAUUAUCGAUACUGCUGGCCAGGAUGAAUAUAGUAUCCUCAACUCUAAACAUUUCAUUGGCAUCCAUGGCUACAUGAUUGUGUACUCCGUGGCCUCCAAGCAGAGCUUUGAGAUGGCCCGCAUCAUUCGCGACAAGAUUCUGAAUCACUUGGCCACCGAUUGGGUUCCCCUCAUGCUCGUCGGCAACAAGUGCGAUCUCAACCCUGCCCAGCGACAGGUCACGACCGAAGAAGGCAAAGCCCUCGCCGAGGAAUUCAAGUGCGGGUUCACCGAGGCGAGCGCUAGAUACAAUGAGAACGUACAAAAGGCUUUUGAUCUCAUGAUCGCAGAGGUGGAGAAGACGUCCAAUCCGGGCGAGCCAGCUGGCGGGGGCAAGUGCGUGGUCAUGUAGACUCGCAUUGCCGACCGAACGGAUUGGAUAGGUCGACUUGACACAAUGAUUCCAAGAUCGAAUUUCGGGCACAAGAGCCAAUGCAGGUGCAGGACAGUAUGUCUGCAGAGCUGGAGGGUCUAAGUGCUGGCACGUUCCAAACAUGAUUUCCUCGCUACAUUUCGAAAUUUGUACUAGACGGUUGAUAGACGGUUGGGAGGGCUGGCUGCUCGAGGCUGUAUAUUCUGCCGGGUCCCAGACUCCCCUUUUCCUGGCGCAAUGGUGUUUGGUAACGGAUCAACGUGUGGAAUCUACUAC